AUGAGUAAAAUCAGGAACAUCUUAAAAGAAAGAGGAGUGGAUGUGGUGUUAAUUCAAGAAACCAAGAGAAGAAAUCUGGAGGAAACCCUCGUUAAAUCUAUUUGGCCAUUUGAUAAAAUGGACUAUAUGGAAGUAGAUGCUGUUGGCAGUGCUAGAGGAUUACUGUGCAUCUGGCACCCUGAUAGAUUCAAGAUUGUUGAUUGUUGUGGCUCAAGAAAUUUUAUCAUUUUAUCAGGUACCAGUGGUCAGUCUUUUGAAUGCUCUGUGGUGAAUGUCUAUGCUCCCAAUGAUGUUGGCAAAAGAAGGAAAAUGUGGGAAUCUUUAAAGAAUCUGAAAAUCUCCUACCAUAAUUCUUGGUGUAUGGGUGGAGAUUUUAAUGAAAUUAGAUUUCUCAGCGAAAGGAAGGGGUGCUCUAGAAGGGAUAGAGGUAUGAAUGAUUUUAAUGAGCUGAUUGAUCAGUUGAAUCUUGUUGAUUUGCCAAUGAAAGGUAGAAGAUUCACAUGGUGUAAUGCACAAGAUGGGAAGAGAUGGAGUCGGAUAGAUAGGUUCCUUCUGGAGAAACUUAAGCAACCAAAUGAGGAUUUACACGCUUUGGAUUUGGUGGCUGAAGAAAGAGCAUUGUCAGAAACAAAAGCAAAUUCAAGGAGAGAAGUUAGAGGGCUAGUUUGGAAUUUGCAUAGAAUGAAGGAGAGUUUAUGGCAUCAAAAAUGUAGAAUGCUGUGGGCUAAGUGUGGGGACAAGAAUACAAGGUUUUUCCAUAUGAUGGCUAGCUCUAGGCAAAGAAGAAACCUCCUUGAUUCAGUUGUGGAAGAUGGGGUUAGGGUGGUGGAACCUAACUCAGUGAAGCUAGCUGUUCAUAGGCAUUUCGUGAAAUUAUUCUCUGAGUCCUGGAGCUCUAGGCCUAAGCUUCUUGGCCUUUUUGCAUCUAUCUCUUCUGCUGGGCAGGUAGAUACCUUAGAAAUAGAAUUUUCAGAGCAGGAAAUUUGA